GGCCCCGCUCCGUUUCCGGCGCGAUGGCGGGCGAGCGGGCGCGGGGCGCUGGCGGGCGGCGGGAGAAGGCGGCGGCGGCGGCGGCGGCGCGGGGCGAGGAGGCGAUGAACCGCUGGGUGCUGCAGUUCUACUUCCACCAGGCCGUGGCGGCCUACCGCGCCGGAAGGAACCGCGACUUCCGGCAGCUCCGCGACGUCAUGCAAGGUACGCCGGGACUGGCGGCGGGAGGGCGGGCACGGCGUGGGGCCAGGCCGCGGGCACCCGCAGCGCUGCUGGUGCGGCCCCUGGAGAAGCACCCCCCCGUGGUGCAGCUGCUGCGCGUGAUGCAGUUCCUGUCCCGCAUCGAGGAAGGCGAGAACCUAGAUUGCAGCUUCGACAGAGAGAUGGAGCUCACUCCUCUUGAGUCAGCAAUGGGCAUCCUGCAGCUGUUUCAGAAAGAAUUCAGCGUGCCGGAAAAGAAGGUGGAACCCGUCCAGAAAAUGCUGAAGGAGGCUGCCGUUAUCGUCUGCAUCCGAAACAGAGAGUUCGACAAAGCUUCAGCAAUUUUAAAGAGGCACAUGGGGAAGGAUCCCAGGGUCCAGAAAAAGAAGGCAGAGCUGCAGGCCAUCAUCCGGGAGAAGAACCACGCUCAUCCGAUGAUCAGAGACUUCUCGUACGGGGACUUCCAGCAGGACAUGUUCCAGUUCCUGAAGACCUACGUGGACAGCUCCGAGCCGGUGCUGGUGACGAUGAUGAAGACUUUGAAUUCAGAACGUGCCGAAGAACCAAAACGCUCAUCGGCGGCUCCUGGAUCUGCGAGUGGGGCCAGGGACCAGGCAGCAGCUCCCAAGCCCGUAGGAAUGGAACAGGACCCAGCAGGAGCUCCAAAGCCUGCAGAAACUGCGGAAGACACGGCGGUACCUCCCAGCCCUGCGGAGAGGGCAGAGGACCCAGCAGGAGCUCCUGAGCCCAUGGAAGAAAGCAGUUACCCUGCAGCAGCUCCUGAGCACAUAAUAGCGGCGGUUAAGAACCUGGAAGACGUUUCAGAACGUAUGGAAAUACCUGAGCAGGCAGCAGCAGCGGCUCCAGAGCUUGCAGAAGUGCCUUCCAGGGACUCGGAAAGGUGGGCAGAGAAAUCUGGCCCCAUGUGGUGGGUAAAAGUUGGCGGCAGGUCUCACUUGCUCUCGUGGAGUGGUGGUUGGUGUCCGCGUGCUUCAGAUGGUUCCCGGGCGCCCCGGGGGGUGUCGGUGUGCGUGGGAGGGUUGGGAGUGCCCUCCUCAGGAGGCGUUAGCACCCUGGGGUCGUGGCGAAUUGUUGAGGGUCACACCGCAGGAGAAAAGCCUGAUGUCAGCGAUGUCGGAGCCGUUGGGGUGAAACAUUUACAAGCUGCUCAGUUUUGUUUAUUUUGUAGGCAGCCCUCUGGAACUGUAACCACGUAUGGGAUUUCUGUUCUGAGAGAAGCUUUCAAGAUCCUGUCAGACUCCCGGGACUCAGAUGCGCUCUUCACCAAACUGGAUGAAACAGACUUUUCUUUCCCCAAGCAACUGUCUCCUUCUGUAUCCCACAGAAACAAGAGACGGAAAGAAGAGGAAAAUCAAGAUUCUGAGAUCUCAGACCCUCCUGAAAUCCCCAAUAAGGUCAAACGCUUGACCAUAAGUAAACUUGUCAUGGAGCAAGACAACCAGAGCAACGAGUCGAGUGAAAGCCCAGACUCUUCCCAGGAGCCAGUUGUGUCUUCUGCCUCUAAAUCCGUUCAGAAAUUGCCCAACCAGCACGAGUCUACUGAAAGUGCCAAGUCCCGCAAAGGAAAGUGGAGCAGUUUAUAUACUGAAGAACAAAAGGACAGCUGGAGUGAUGAGGAAGAGCUCUUCUCAGGUGUAGCAUUACUUGAGCAAAAUGGCCACAACUCUGGAGUCUUUGGUUCCAAGAAACAGAAAUGGACGGUGCAGGAAAGUGAGUGGAUCAAAGAGGGAGUAAAGAAGUACGGAGAAGGGAGAUGGAAGUCCAUCUGCCAGAAGUACCCCUUCCAGAACCGCACAUCGGUGAUGAUCAAGGAUCGCUGGCGGACCAUGAAAAGGCUGGGGAUGCUCUGAAGCUGGGAGCCACGGGAUCUUGAGUGCAAAACUGUUUAUUUGUUUUUGUUUUGAAAGAUUGACCAGAGCAAUAGUAGCUGCAGCGCUCUUCCCUGGCGCACAGCAGCUUUGGGAUUUUGGCUUUUGGUACCAGAGACUGCUGCAGCAGAUAGAACCACGUGUGGCAAGAACCGAAGAGUCUUGUUUCCUGAGUUGUAGAUAGAAGGUUUAGGUCUUCUGCGGUUGGUAGAAACUGCACAGCUUGACUGCGUGUGCUUGGAGAUGGCCUGUGUCGGGACUUCCUUCUCCACCUGACCGCUGCAGCCUUUGCAGAAUGAAUACCAACCUGAAGUGCUGCUGAAAUGAGUUCUCUGUUCAGAUACUGUCGAGUGACAGGAGAAUUUUAUCAGUGGCUAUUAGUGUUUUAAUUUGUCUAACUGUUGGAAUUUUGUUUCAUCUCUCCCUUGUGGGAGAGGCAACACAAUAGCCCCAGAGCUUCUGGGCUGAAGAGAUGUAGGUGAGUUACUGUUUUACUCCCACAGUUCUUUGCUUUGUAAAUGUCUAGUCUGCGAGCGAGAAUCUCUCCCUGCUUUCUGAGGCGUUAUCAACAUCUUUUUCAGUACUUAAAUGUUGAUUAGUUCCAUGUUAAACAGUCCAGUGUUUCAUGACUUAAAUCCUCUCUUACUGGCAUGUCUCCGUCCUGGUAACAUCCUCCGUGUGCGAUUCCUGCAAGCACGUGAGCUCUGAGCGCUCUGUUUCUUGCCUUCAGGGCCCAGGGCUUGGAGUCCAGGUCUGAACGAUCUUCUGUAAAAUAAAGUUCCUUUCCUGUUGA